AUGAAUUCCCAGCUAGACAACACCAACGACAACCAGGACCAGGUUUUGCAGGAGACUGACACCUUCCGCCCAGUAUUCUUCGACCUGUCGUCCAAACGCAACUCAACCGCAGCUUCCAACGACUCGUCCAAACGAGUCCGGUUGGACGCCUCGGUCAUUGCUCCAAAAGACACUGACGAUGACCCCCAGAUGUCGCCCUCUGCAGCCUCCUCCCAGCCACUGCCCUCUGCGGCCUCAUCGGCCUCACUGGACUCGUCGCUGCCAGCGCUCAUUGCCAUCAAUCGUCGUACUCUGCAUAUUCACCACCGUCACAUCAUCCUUCAGCAUCAACUUCUCAGCGGUCUGUCACCUGCUCCCUCAGGCCCAGAAUGUUCGACUCCUUUGUCUCUGUCAACUUCCAAUACCUCUGCUGCCGCUGCUGCUGCUCAGGCUGCCGCCCAGUCUGAUGUAACGGGAGUCUCUUCUUCCCAGGACGCCCUGGGCCUCAAAGCUGCCGCCAACAGGGCGCCCUCUCUUAAGAAGGCCGCCCGAAUGCCCAUUGCAGCUCCCUUGUCGACAGCAGGUUCUUCUAGCAGAGCUCCGAAGUACUUCAGACGCUUCCGCUCGAGAUCCUUGCCGAUCAUCAAUUAUACCAGCAGACUGCAACUUUUCCAGCACCACAUGCUCCCUCUGAGGAUGACUUCGUCCCAGUUCCAGGGCUCAUCCAUCGGCACCUCCGCAAGCAACUCAUACGCCUUGCAAGUGCCUCUGGCUUCCCAACAACAUCAUCACAACCAUCAUGCCGCCACGACCAUCCCAUCCCUUCCCCCUAUCAACCUUCAAUCUUUGAAGGAAAUCGACUUGCAUGAAAUCCUCAAGAACCCUCAGUUGAGGCAUGAUAUUCUUUUCGACCCACAAUUACAGUUCAGACCAAACUUGGAUGGUGAGAGAGGCCGCAGAAAGAAGGGCAUUAUCGAGAAGUACUGGAGCGAGGUUGAGAAUGAAUGUAAGCAAUUUUUCGCUAUGGCUGCAUCCCCUUCUACGUCACAAUCUCCAAAGAUUACGAGAUUGCCAGUUUUGUUCAGUACAUUGCGUGACAUCUUGCUCUCGCUCUUGCCAGUCAAGGACAGAUUGCCAGUCAACGAAAUCAUGGAUAUUGACUUGUUGGUUCAGCAAUUGUCACACGGCUCUUUCGACUUUGUGGGAAUGGCCAAGUGGCUUGGAGAAGUUUUCAAGUCCCACUGUGCUCCUAUGAGAGACCAGUGGGUCUCUGACAUGAUUUCCAAGUUUCAAGGUGCAUACGAAGACAACUCCGUGGACAAACUCGUACAAGGCUUGAGAACGAUUUUCUCAAUCUUGGAAGCCAUGAAGUUAGAUGUUGCAAACCACCAGAUCAGGAUUUUGAGACCUGUUUUGAUCGAAACUGCUGUUGACUUCGAAAGAGACUACUUCAACCAGCUCAUCAACCACUGCAAGAUCGACAUUUCCGACUCUUUGAAGUGGUUCUACAGAAACUACUACAAGAAAACUGACGCUUCCAAGGACGCGGAGUUGAAAGAUGUUGACUCCAUGAAGCCCAUCAUUGUCUCAUCCAUAAUUGAUUUGCUUUCUUGCCGUAAUAUGGCAUCUGAAUUUCCCUCCACCUUGGCAUUUGAUCACACUAGACUUGUUUUAUUGAGAGCAGAUGUCAGGCAAUUGGUAUGUGUUCAGUUGUGUGUGGUGUUAUACAAGCAGUUGCUUGUUAACUACCAACCCGCCGCCAGUUACAGAGUUGCCGGGUCCAAGCCAGAAAUUCUCACGAAAGUUCAGGAGGAGAUCCUUGCAAUUGUGACCGAUGACAACGGAAAUGUCAAGUGGACAAGAAAUGUCCAAGCCAUUGCAUUACAAUUGGUGAAAAACGUUGUGACCAACCCAACCACAGGAGAGCAAACCGUACCUAACUUGCCGCAGCCACUUAUUGACUUCAGUUACAACUGGUUGAUGAAACAAAUCCAACCUUGUUCUGACGUUUAUGGCUUAAUGGAGGUGCGAAUCUUCAAGGAGUUGUUGGAAGAGAUUCUCAACAACACCACCUUUGACGGUUCCAUCACAAUCCAGUCGAUGUCUGGCGACUCCAAGCCUGUUGGAGGAGCCAGAUUCAAGAAGAUUGACCUGGAGAUGACUAAUAUUUCCACCAGAAUCUCUACGCUUGUCAAGUUUCACUGGAGUGUGUUUGGAGACUACUACUCAGAUUACCUCAAGAAGCACAAAAGAUCCAAGUAA